CCCAUUCGCACGAGCAUGCAAGUUGUCUGUUUAGUGAGUGUUUGUGGUGAGCAGAACGUGAUAGCCAUCAACAAAAUGGUGAUCGCCGCGCAUCACCGUCCCCGCACUCCCUCGCCAAGGCCAUGCCCCCACACCUGAGGCUCCCGCCCGAGUUGUGGGCCAGCGUCUUCGAGGAACUCGAGCGAUCAGAUCUGCUUUCUGCCAAUCUGCUCUCAUGGCCGUUCCACGCCCUCACCCAUCCGCUCGUCUUCCGCACGAUCCACUUCGGAUUCACGUCGUGGAAGGAGUCGACGCUCCUCCCCCGCCUCGCAGGCCUGCAGCGCGGCGACAUUGCGCCGUAUGUCCAAAAAGUCGACAUCCACUUCGUCAACUCCCUCCUGGUCCAGUCGCACCGCAGCACGCUCGUCGUGUCGCCUGACAGCGGCAAUCCGCUUGUCGUGGCACUUCUGCGGACCCUCCGGAGCUUCUGUGGUCUUCGGCAGCUUUUCAUGCGGCUCGAUAUGCAGGAUGCCCAGAUUGACAUUGCGCGGCUGGGAUUGGAACAGAUCGGGGUGAAAGAGCUGUUGAUAUGGGGCGGCCGUGUCGUGCCGCCCACACUUGAUAGUGCCGAUACGUCGAUGAUAUGUCUCGAACGACUGCAUCUCCGCGUGCGGGAUCCCCGCGAUAAAGAGUCUUCUGCCGCCGCUGCGCAUCUCUGCUUACCCUCCCAUCUCAGUCUUCUAGACAUGCUCGAUCCGUCACGUCUGCGUGCGCUGGAGCUGUAUUUCGACAGCCAAGUCGUUCUCGGGUCUGGCAUCCGCCGCUUGCGCUUCCUCGCAGUCACCUCCCUGAGGAUUGAGUGCCGCUGGAACUCGCCCCGGGUUCUGGAGGACCUGGCGCACAUGUUCCCCAACGUGCAGCAACUGGUGCUGAGCGGGAGCGUCGUGUGGUUCCGAGACAGCAACGACACCCGAUGGGCACUGUUCUCGGGCCUUGAAUCUCUGCAUGUGCCGGAAGCGUGUCUCCCUCUGCUGCUAUGCGCUCGCCGCGCAGGGGACGACGGGCUUCCCCGCCCCGUCAGAUUAGUCGUGAGCAGCGAGUGCCGCACGUUCCAAAAGAUGAUGGAAACGCUGGACAUGCGGUCGCUCCAAUUCCUCCGUCUCACGAUCAAGGCCAAGGCGUUUUGCAGCGCGCCGUUCGACGUGCAGGAGCGACUACCCUCUCUGACGACCCUGCAGCUGAGCAUCUCGCUCGAGCAUUUCCGGAUCGACCGCGACUCUAUGCGGCAGAUUGCGUGCGCUCUCGCCCGGAUGAUACGGCCGGCAAAAGCUUUGCUGCUCGCCGAUAUCACGCUCGUCGACCGGCCGUUGGCCACCGACAAUUCAGUCACUGCAUGGGCCGAGCAGCAGCUGAUCGCCGCGACGAAAUCGUUGAACAGCUUCCUUGACAGCAGGUUUCCUGACCUGCGAUGUCGCAUGCGCUUGCAAUGUCGUCUUCGGCACUCACUAGAUCGGUGAAGAGAUAGAUUCUGGGACUUGGGGAUAUUGGGGAUAUCGGUGAAGAGACAGAUUCCGGGACUUGGGGAUAUUGGGGUUUUG